AUUCAAUUGUUCAGGCGAACCCCCACCUUUCUUACAGAUAACAAACAGAUCACUCAAUAAACAAGACCUUAGAAGAUCCAGAGUAUUGCUGAAAACAGCCCAUCAAAUGUUGUGAAAGCGUAACACUUCCGCGGUUGACAGAAAACUCAGUACAGUAUUGUGUGAACCUUGAUGGAGAUGUUGAAGUUUGUACUGUUUGUCGGAGUUUCAGUCUCCUUAAUCCCUGGGGACGCCCAGUUGUGUUGUGCUCCUUCCCAAUUCCAAACCUUUUUCGACGAAAUGACGUCCCUCUCAAGUGAAAGGGAUAAAAGAUUUCGAACAAUGAUGUUUUCGUCAGACGAGAACUCCAAUAAAACAGCAAUUCACGUCAUAGCCCAAUCAGAGGAGGACAAAUACGAUAGAAUAGACGAUUAUGCGGCAGGUAAGUCCUACGAGUGGGCCAGAGGAACUUGUUACGUUGGACGGACACAACCCAACAAGCAAACGUGCAUCCCAGCUGAAGCUAAGCUAGUGCGGCGGUCUUUUGUGGGCGUGUCUCCUAACAUCGUUAAUGUGGAUACCUAUAUGUACACCUUGGGGAGUGGGCUCGUACGAUACGUCACGGUGGGUCCGAAUUGUACCCCGGUAGAAGUAGUGGUAACCACCUCAAAGAUUCCUCAACCGGACGGACAGUUUAUGUGGAUUUUCUACAACAUGACAAUGGGAAUUAAAGAUCCAUCUAUUUUCACACCACCAAAGAUAUGUUUCAAAGAGGGCUCAAGAGUCAACGGCCAGCCAGAUUUCAAACCUUACUGGUGGUCAAUGCUCUAGGAACAUCAUACUUACUCUUUGCAGAUGAAAUUAGAACUAUUUUCAGGGAUUCUCCAAAAUGAAAUUAUCAUAACAAUAAUAAUUUUUUCUCAUUAUUUAGACUGAUUAUACGUUUUGUUGUAGUGAAUAUUGGUGUAUAUGAAAUAAAUUUAGAAUUGCGA